GAGAAGCACGUCUGCUUGGUGAAAUAAAUUAAGUGAAAUUAAAGAAUUAUAAGCCAAACACCACAGAAAAAGGUAAACGUGGUGAAAUAAAUACUUUUCCUCCAACGCGGUUUUGAUGCUGUAGACAAAUGAAGCAAAACUAUUUACAUAUUUAAGACAACACCGGAUAGCGUUUUGAUUCAGUCAGAAACAUGAGAUUGCACUGAACAAAAAUCAUUGCACUUUUUUUUUUAUUUUGAUUUUCCACUGCUACGGCAAAAGAGAAAGCUCAAUAUGACUGCCGUGCGAUGGAAAUGCGCGUGGCGGUUCAACGUUGUUCUGGUGUUUCUGCUGGCGUGGCAUUCGAACGCUGUGAAUAUCAGCGCCGAUGCGCCCUACACCCCAUACAAAGGUAGUGAUGACAAAUAUGAUUUUGUUGAUGUGGCACAACAGCAGGGUGAGAUUAGCCAAAGCGAGACGGGUCAGGGAGAGACAUCACGAUUUUUCACUACCGGCGAUGUAGACGAGACGUUUUGGCUCAAGCAUUUGGGUGAGGAUUUCAAGAAUGCCAUACACCUACAGGUGGGCGGUGAAGAGCGUUGUAAUGGCGUUUUCAAUAUGAGCGAAAAUGGUGCCGCUUAUAAAGUACAGAAUGAUGAUGUUACCAUUAAUAUACCAGUGCAAGAAAAUAUUGUAAAAUUAACAACAAUCGACGAUAAGCCCGUUGAAGCGCAGCUUAAAAAGAAGAAAGUGAAAGCGUUUGAGGGCAAUAAGAAGUUGAGAAAAGUGCGUCGGAAGCAUAAAAAUGAGCAAAAAUCGGAAAAUGUUGCAGAGACUGUUGAUCAGCCGAAGACGGUUGCAAACAGCGAAAAGCAAGACACCAUUGCAGCGCAGUCUCUUCCAGAUAAUGAGCAGCAAAGCUUCACGGACGUGCUUAAACAAAGCGUUUACAAAGAUGAUCUAAAGAAAUAUAAAAAUUUCCAACAGAUCAAUAUGAAAUAUGCGCCGGAAAACAAUAGCACCGAUACCAAAGAAACAAAUACACAGAAUGACACAAGCACAAAAACAAUGCAAGGGACGCUGGAAGAGAGACCUGUGGUGGUAAAUUUACCCGAGUCAAGCAAGCAGAUUGAAUUGGAAACGAAUGAGGCACCAGUAGUGGUUAAAAUGCCACCGGUAAUCUACCAUAGUCAACCAACAAGUGUGAGAGAUCCAGACCAAUACGCGGACAAUACAGAAACAAAUACACAAAUUACAGAGGGUGAACAGGGACUUGAUGGGGAGCAGACACAGAUGCAAACACAAACAGAUAAUACACAAUACACACCACAAGAAAUAUUUCCAACAGCAAUGACUUAUGAUCAACAACAACACCAACAGUAUACACUAAAUCAACAUUUUCAACAAACCGAACCGACACAAACACAAUAUCACAUACAAAUGACACCGCCUCAAUACACCACUCAACAUCAACAGACAACACUUCAGGACCAACAACAACAACAAACAAUGCAACAACAACAACAACAACAACAGCCAAUACAACAAUCACACCAACAAUACCCAACACCUUCAUACGCCUCAACAAAUUAUUACAAUCAAGACGUUUAUACCACCAACAUCAAUACAAUUCCCAUGCAACAACACAAGACGCUGGAGUCGAAUGCCAUUUCGAAGUCUUCUUAUGGUGCAUAUGAUGUGUCGCAGUCGCAACCAUACCAUAUUUAUCCGGAAUAUAGUCGCGGCAGCCGCUCAAAUGGCGAGUUAUACCAGCAGGGCUUGUAAUUGUUAUUGCGAAUGGAACUAAAUCUAAGUUAUUUAUUUAAAUACGUUUUAUUUGAUAAAUAGUUGUUAAGGCUGAGAUAAUCAACAAAUAAAUGAAUGAAUUCAAAA